UCGAGCUGAUGCAGGUCGCCUGUAGUUCUUUGGGUUUGUGGUCGAGUCCCGUUGUUACCGUUUCAGUCUGCAGUGGUUGAGAUGUUUUGAUCAAUUUGUGUAACAUCUGGUUGAAUUUGAAGUUUAAAGAUUGCCUUUAGUAGCAACUUAAGAUAGCCAGUUAGGCGGCUUUUCGUUAACAUUACUUUGCUGCGCUUUAACAUUAUGCGUUUGCCACCUUUAAUAAAGGCAGCUAAGUGCGUUUCGUUGGCUGGCUUUGUAAACUGCAGUUUUACACAAUUCAUUACUUAAUACAAUUUGGUAAUUUAGACAAUCAGCUACCCGUUAAAAACAUGCAGCCAUGUUUGUUUCGAGUAUAUUAAAUUCGAACUAGUCAGUUUUCUUUGGUUAAGGUUGCCAGUGGCUUCAUCUGCCAUAUUUUCCCUCGGGUGUCGCUUCUUUCGUGUUUUCCCCCGUUAAAUACGUAAACAAUAAAUACACCCUAUAGUGUGUAACAUGAAUACAGGAAAUGAACGUUUUCGAAUAAAAUCAUCAUGAUAAUAUAAUACUUAAGACGUUUUCUUGUCAUAACAGAAGAACAGGUUUUGUGCAUGGGCGUUAUGAAUGGAUUUUUAAAGUGCUUAUGUAUGAAUGCAUUGUACCUCAAUAUCCACCUAGCAUCUGAAAGUAGUUUAAUUUGUACAUUUGCAUUAAACUGAAACAAUAGGUAGGUAAAUCUUGGGAGGCGUCACUUAAUUUACACACAUGCGCACACUCACACAGACACACACAUAGACAUACGCACACACACAGGUUUUGAUAUGCUUAUUACACCUUUUUUUGUGUGUCUUUUGACACAGACAAUAGCAUGUAUCCUGCUGUGCAACUUGAAUUGUAAAAAAACAUAUAACGACUUCAAUUGGUUGACAGUAUAGCGUUUGGAAUGUCUAUGUAAAUCGAGCAGUAGUAACACAUGAUGCAGGUUGUAAUACCGUGAUAGGUGACACUGUCAAUGAUGUGGCAAUUCAUAAAAUAUUUUAUGGUUCCAAUCGCAGAUUGCGUGAAAAUCUUUCUGCUCUGUUCCAGGAGUUAAUUUUGGGCUGUUUGCUCUAGGCUCUUGAGAGUCACGUUUCAGGACUCUCGCUAUUUAAUUAAUCUUACAGCCCUGUUCUGUUGAACUGUAAACUGACCCAGACUUCCUCUUGGUGCUGCAGCAUCUGCAGAGUACUUAUUUGCAGCUUGGUGUGGAAGGAGGGCGCUUGACUCUCUGUCCUACUUUUCUGAACCCCGGAAACCACUCUCUUAAUCAUUUAGAAUUAUCAUAUAGUUGCUAAGUACUUUACUUUUGUGUGUGGUACCAGGCGUUGACUGUUUUGAGACACUCAUCAAAAUGUGUUCUGGGUCCAACAUGGAAUCGGGACACGAGAUGAGUUUGCACCUGGACCCCAAUAGAGAUGACCUGCCACUUAAGGCAAACACCAGCCAAAUGUUAGUGCGACACUACGUGCUGGACUUGAAGGUUCACCUCGAGAAGAAGGUCAUCAUAGGCAGUGUGGUCCUGUUCUUGGAGGUGGCAAAAGGUGCUGAGGAAAUUCAGAAGUUCUCGGGGGUGGCCGGACAUCAAGAGGCCCCCGAAUCCUUAGACACAGCGCUCCUGGGUGAUAAUGGACAGCAUGCUUCACACACAGGCUGUUGUCAUAGUGAUGAUUCAGAGGAGGCCCCCGGGGAAGGCAAAAGCAAUGGUGACUUUACGCUGGUGCUGGACUGCUGCGACCUGGCUGUGACGAAGGUGGAGGAGGUGGAUGUGGCCUCUGUGCCAGGAAUGCAAGUGCUACAGGAGACCGGAGGCAAGGGUCUUUGUCCUGCCUGUCCUUCCAUCCCUCUCCUGCAUAAGCUUGUCCAUCUGCCUUCAACAUGCUGGGAGCAGCAGCAUGACCUGUACCGACAGUGCAGCCAGGCUCCAGCUCCUGGGAGAGGGGAGGAGUUCCUCUUCAGCACUGACCGCUGGAGCCUGCAGAUUUGGAAGAGGGGGGUUCCGACUCCCCACUGCUUCCCUCGGUGCAUCAGGAUCUGUUACGAGACCAAGUGUGAGGGAACGUCGGUGAGGUGGACCAAGGACCAGAGUGGCAAGUCUUGUGUUUACACCAUGGGUUCCCCAAUCAACAACAGGGCCCUUUUCCCAUGUCAGGAACCCCCAGUUGCCAUGUCAACGUGGCAGGCCAGAGUGCAUGCUCCCAGUGAAUGUACGGCCUUGCUGAGCGGGGAGAAUGAGGCCCUUCCUGUUCCAGAAGAAAAUGGGUUCUCGCACUGGGAUUAUUAUGUCACAAUGCCAAUGCCUGCCUCUACCUUCACCAUCGCGGUGGGGCACUGGGUGGAGGCCAGGGUGAGACCAGCCCCAGGAGAACCGACAGACUUGUUUUCGGAAACAAAGCCCCAUUCAGGCGAGGGGUCCACUUGGGAUUGUUCUGCUCAACCCAGCAGAGUUUAUCGGAACCAGAACUCAUGCGAAGAAAACUUGGCUGGCAGGAGUGUGGGUGCAAACCUGAACUGUAGGAUGGAGAAUUCAGGUCUGGGCAACGUGGCGUCAGAGCAGCCGUCUGCAGCCGAGGACUCUUUCCUGGCCGGGGUCCUGUGCUCCCACGUGGAUUACCCCUGCCGCUUCACCAGCGCUGCUGCACUGCUCCAGGAGAUCAUCCCGUACCGUGUCUUUGCCCCGUCCCAGCUCCUGCGGCAGGCGGCGGCCGUUCUGCCUCCCCUGCUGGCCCCCUGCCUGGCCGCCGCCCGCGCCGUCCUCGGGGUUCACCCCUUUGCACGCCUGGACCUGCUUGUGGUCCCCGCCGAGUUUCCCAGCCUGGGGAUGGCCAGCCCCCACAUGGUGUUCCUAUCCCAGAGCCUCCUGGGGGGGGACCCCCAGCUCUGCGGGGCCCGCCUGUGCCACGAGAUCGCACACGCCUGGUUCGGACUCGCCAUCGGGGCACAGGACUGGACCGAGGAGUGGAUCAGCGAAGGCUUUGCCACCUACCUCGAGGAUGUCUUUUGGGCCCGAGUACAAAAGCUCUCUCGUUGUCAGGCUGAGGAGCAGUACCAACUGAAAGCCCUCCUGUGCUGGAGGAGGCUCCGAGAUGAGCUGCAGAACUCCGACGAGGAGCUUCAGAUCCUCAGACCCAAUAAGGAGAACACGGGACAAGUCAGCGAAUCAGGGGCCUCUGUGGUGAAACACGCUCUGAAUCCUGACAAAGCGUUCAUGCAGGUCCACUACCUGAAGGGCUAUUUCCUAUUGAGCUUUUUCUCAAGCAUAAUUGGUGAAGAAGCUUUUCUAAAUUUCUUCCGCCAUUUUGUGAGACAGUACCAUGGCCGGCUCAUUCUCUCACAGGACUUCUUGCAAAUGCUCUUGGACCAUUUUCCAGAAAUAGAGAGACAAGGCCUCACUCUCGAAGUGAUUUACGCCGACUGGCUGGAUAAUCCUGCCAUUCCAGAGCCCCUGUUGCACAGGAGCGCCGCUUGGCUCCGGACGGCAGUCGUGGGAGAAGUCAGACAGGAGGUUGCAAAAUGGAUUCACUUCAGUCGCGGCCACCGAAAGGGCAGCAAGCGGAAGCGAGUGGAGCCCAAGGUGAACUUCAAAGGGGUGAUCCCAGAGCAGCUCGUCCUGCUCCUAGAGCUUCUGCUGGAUGAGCCUGAUCUGUCCCUGACGGCGCUGCGCGCUCUGGAGAAGACCUACCAUCUACAGGAUAGGGACGCCGAGGUGAGACAUCGCUGGUGUGAACUGGUGGUCAAACACAAGCACACAGCCGCGUACAAGGAUGUGGAACGUUUUCUGCUGCAAGAUCAGGCCAUGGGUGUUUACCUGUAUGGGGAGCUGAUGGUCCAAGAGGAUGCACAUCAGCAAGCCCUCGCAAGGAGAUGCUUCUCUCAGGCCCAGGAGGAGAUGGACCCAGCUGUGCGCAAAGUGGUGGAGGAGAUGAUCUACUGAGGGACUGAGGCAGGCAGCAACAUGGAGGAGAAAGCCAUGGCUGGUCACCGGCGUUUACACCCUGCAAAAUCACCCUACGGACAAGCCGUCAGCAGGUCCACCGGCACCCCAUGGUGGAGCUAUGUUUUACCUCAAAUAAUUUGGUCCUGUCAGGACCAGCAAGACGCCAGCCACUGUGAACAUGCACUGUAGCUGCUGUAAAAGCCUACCUGACUCAAGAUUGUUUGGACCAGAGGAAAAAAUAAUAAAGUUUUCAGGCCAAA